AACGAGUUGUCGUUGAUGCCGGUGUUUUGGUUUGGGAAAAUUAAAAUGUAAUUUAAUGACGGCGUUUUUCACAGUGACGUGAUAACCACCGGUGUGUAAAAGUGAAUCUUGUGAUUUAUUCACCGCCUCUGAUGGUGUGUUCGUGAAAUAGACGGUUUAAUGUUCGCGCUCGUGCGCUUUCUUUGAGGUGUAAACAGCGCGCACAGUUUCAUCAGCAUUUUCAGGUUCAGGGGGCGGAGCUUCGACAGGCGUCACCUCGGUUCAAAUUUUUGCCACAAACGAGACAGGAAGACCACCUUAAAGAGGAUAAACAUCACUUUCACAGGACAGGACACACUAAGACUUUAAGAAACCAUGUUGUUGCAGAGGCUUACUGUGUGUUCUGGGAUUUUUCUGUAUUCACCAACAACUGGCUGUCGGGUUUUUACCAGAUAUCUGACACAAGUCUCCCGUAACAGGCACCAUGGAAGCUCCUUUGCUCAUCGCAGUGAACUCCGUCAUGCAAAGAGAAUUGUAGUCAAGCUUGGCAGUGCUGUGGUCACCCGUGGCGAUGAAUGUGGCUUGGCUCUUGGGCGGCUGGCAUCCAUUGUUGAGCAGGUGGCCAUGCUACAGAACCAAGGCAGGGAGAUGAUGAUUGUCACCAGUGGAGCUGUAGCCUUUGGCAAGCAGAGACUAAGACAUGAAAUCCUGCUUUCCCAGAGUGUCCGACAGGCCCUGCAUUCUGGACACAAUCAUCUCCAAGACAUGUCUCUGCCGGUGUUGGAAGCCCGGGCCUGUGCUGCAGCUGGACAGAGCGGUCUCAUGGCUUUGUAUGAGGCCAUGUUUACCCAGUACAGCACCUGCACUGCACAGGUUCUAGUGACAAAUGUGGACUUCCACGAUGACCAAAAGAGGCGGAACCUGAGCAGCACCCUGCAGGAGCUGCUGCGCAUGAACAUUGUACCCAUCAUCAACACCAACGACGCUGUGGUGCCUCCACCGGAACCCGACAGCGACUUGCAGGGGGUGAUCAGUAUCAAGGACAAUGACAGUCUGGCAGCGAGGCUAGCUGUGGAGAUGAAGGCUGACCUUCUCAUUGCGCUCUCUGACGUGGAAGGACUGUACAACAGCCCCCCUGGAACAGAUGAUGCAAAACUCAUUGAUAUCUUCUAUCCUGGAGACCAGCAGUCCAUCACCUAUGGGACAAAGUCCAGAGUUGGGCUUGGAGGUAUGGAAGCCAAGGUCAAGGCUGCACUGUGGGCAUUGCAAGGCGGCACCUCAGUGGUCAUCGCGAAUGGCACCAACCCAAAAGUAACGGGUCAGGUCAUCACAGACAUUGUGGAGGGUAAGAAGGUGGGCACCUUCUUCUCUGAGAUCAAACCUGCUGGCCCCACUGUGGAGGACCAGACAGAAAUGGCACGUAGUUCUGGAAGAACCCUGGCAUCUCUGCUGCCAGAGCAGAGGAGUGAGAUCAUCUGUCAGCUCGCAGACUUGUUGACUGGGAAGAAGGAUGAGAUUCUGGCUGCCAACAAAAUGGACAUGAACUUGGCUGUCAGUGAAGGACAUUUGCCACCAGCUAUGUUGAAGCGGUUGAGCCUGUCACCAGCCAAACUCAACAGCCUGGCGAUAGGCCUGCGUCAGAUCGCUGUGGCGGCCCAGGACUGCGUCGGCCGUGUGCUGCGCAGGGCCAGGGUGGCUCAAAAUCUGGAACUGGAGCAGGUCACUGUGCCCAUUGGAGUUCUGCUGGUCAUCUUUGAGGCCCGACCCGACUGCCUGCCACAGGUGUCGGCAUUGUCCAUAGCCAGUGGCAACGCCCUCCUCCUGAAGGGUGGAAAGGAAGCAGCCAACACCAACCGUGUCCUCCACCAGCUCACCCAGAAGGCACUUUCCAUGCACGGAGUCAGCGAGGCCGUGCAACUGGUGAGCACACGAGAGGAGGUGGAGGAUUUAUGCCGACUGGACAAGAUGAUCGACCUGAUUAUCCCACGAGGCUCUUCCCAGCUGGUUCGGGACAUUCAGCGGGCCGCCAAGGGCAUUCCAGUGCUGGGUCACAGUGAGGGAAUCUGUCAUGUCUACGUGGACGCAGACGCCAACUUUGACAAAGUCAUCAAAAUCGUCAGAGAUUCAAAGUGUGACUAUCCGGCUGCGUGCAAUGCCAUGGAAACACUGCUCAUUCACCGAAACAUCCUCCGGACGCCUCUGUUUGACCAGAUCAUCGACAUGCUGCGCACUGAACGUGUGAAGAUCCACGCUGGCCCUCAGUUUGCUUCGUACCUUGCUUUCAGCCCAUCAGAGGCAAAGUCCAUGCGGAAGGAAUAUAGUGAGCUGGCGUGCUGUAUCGAGGUGGUGGACAGCAUGCAGGAGGCCGUGGACCAUAUCCACAAAUACGGCAGCUCACACACUGAUGUGAUCAUCACAGAAAACGAGAGCACAGCGGAGCAGUUCCUGCAGAAAGUGGACAGCGCUUGUGUUUUCUGGAACGCCAGCUCACGUUUUGCAGACGGUUAUCGGUUUGGACUUGGAGCUGAAGUUGGAAUUAGCACAGCGCGUAUCCAUGCCCGAGGCCCGGUGGGUCUGGAGGGGUUACUGACCACUAAGUGGGUCCUGAGAGGAGACGGGCACAUGGCAGCUGACUUCUCUGAGAAUGGUACUAUGAAGUAUAUCCAUGAGAAUCUGCCAGUUGGGGAGGCGCUCUCUGGACAGAGGGACAGAAACUAGACCAGACACUUGCACACUCAUUCGGACAUAAUGUUGGAUGCACCUUUGACCAACGGCUGCUGCCAGGAGAUUUGUUGCAUUUAAUAGCUGAUGUCACCUUUCAGAAGACUGAUACUCUCAACAUACUCUCAUCGUCAGCAGUACCUGCUCUUUAUGCUGAAACCUUUUUUGAGUUUACAUUAGCUUUAACUCCUGUUAUGGUAUGUUAAAAUAUUUUUAGCCCAGCAGUGAUAGUUUUACAACCUCUAGCAAAAAUUAUGGAGUCAGUGUGCUUAGAGGACAUUUGCACAGAUUUGUUAUUUGUAGCAAAUAAACAAAUUACACAUGACAGAAAUCCACAUUUGUUAAAUAGCUGAACAUUCUGGCUUCAUUAAAAAAAACAAACUAAAACUAGCUAAAUUUGAUUAUUACUCUGAGCGACAUAUUUCUUUGCAGAUCAAGUAGAGAGAAAAAUUCUGGAACAGCUCGAUGGUAUCAUCAGCAACCAGAAUCAGUGUCGUGUUGUUGCUUCUCAGCAUUUUAACUCUUUGAGUUAUGGACUUCAGUGUGAUCAGUAAUUCUCCAUGGUAAAUGGACUGCAUUUAUAUAGUGCUUUUCCAAAACGCGCUACAAUAAUGCCUCACAUUUACCCCGAUGUCAGGGUGCUGCCAUACAAGGUACUCACUACACAUUGGGAGCAACUAGGGAAUUAAGGACCUUGCCCAAGGGCCCUUAGUGAUUUUCGGUCAGGCUGGGAUUUGAACUGAGGAUCCUCUGGUCUCAAGACUAAUGCUUAACCACUAGACCAUUACCUCUCCCAUCCAUCCAACUAGUUCCAACUUUCUUGAAUAGCAGUUGAUACUUCAGUCCUUCUUUGGUGGCACUUAGAAGGGUUUUGGUUUUUCUGAUCAUGACAUUGAAUGUAGAUACUUUGUGUUUGGUGUCAGAUGGUAGACGGUAUUUAAAGUCCAAAGGGUCAGAAAACCUCUCCAUUGACCAUUGUUGCAGUCCAAUCUACCACCUGUUGUUUGGUAAAAAGCAUGGAGAACUUGUUGGAACCCAACUCACAGCUGUGAUUCCAGCUAGUCAUUUCAGUUUUUAUACCUUUUUGAUAAAUUUUGCUAUGGUAUUAAUGUGAGUCCGCUGAAUGUUAUUGCCAUUCGUAACAUAUCUCCUUUCUCUACAGUCUUACUGACUGACUGCAAGUGGUGUAGUAUAUUCUUCCCUCCGUUUUGAUGACGCGUCAUCUAAUUUUACUCCAAACACUUGGAGCUGGCAGUUUAUAUGGUUGAUGUUUUGUUACUGACUCCGGGCCCGGCCUUGUUGCUUGGCACGUGUACAGAAACAUGGGAGGUCUCCUCUCAUGUAAACAUGUUCUCAAAAGUUUUUGUCAUCGGGUCUGUCUGUCAUCGAGCGCAGGCUGAUUCUGUUAAUUAGUGGAGAUGUG